CAGCUUAUCUUUGCUCAUCUCAAAAAAUCAAUAAAUAGAAUCAAACACAGCAUUCAUUCUACUUUAAAGAAGAUUGAAAAUGGCUUCUCUAAUUCCGUCGUCGCCGUUAAUAUUCGUUUUCUUUCUUCUUCUUACUAAUUAUUUCGCAUCUCCUUCAGCUUCAAUUAGCAGUGAAAAUGCUGUGACCCUGUCUUUGUACUACGAAACUCUGUGCCCUUAUUGUGCAGAUUUCAUAGUCAAUCAUUUGGUGAAGGUGUUUGAUGAAGGACUUAUCUCCAUUGUUAAUCUCAGGUUGAUUCCUUGGGGCAAUGCUUUUGUGCAAUCCGAUGCUACCUUCGUUUGCCAGCAUGGACCAAAUGAAUGCUUCCUGAAUGCCAUUGAAGCUUGCGCCAUAACCAUCUAUCCUGAUGUGGAGACGCAUUUCAGACUUAUACACUGCAUAGAACGUCUUUCCUUAGAGAAUAAACUCAAUGAGUGGGUUAAUUGCUUUGAAAUGGCUGGGCUUGGGAAGGAACCCAUUGAUUGCUACACAAGUGGAUAUGGCAAUGUGCUUGAGCAACAAUUUGCUGCUGAGACUGCCCAGCUUAAUCCACAACAUAGAUUUGUACCAUGGGUUGUUGUAAAUAAUCAACCUCUCCAAGAGGAUUUCAAGAAUUUUGUGGGGUAUGUAUGCAAGGCUUAUCAAGGCACUCAAGUACCAGAGGCAUGCAAGUCUUUGUCCAUGGAGAUGGAGACCAAUUCACUAUGGAAGGCAAAUCCCAUUAGUGAAGUUUGCUUUGCACCCAAAACAGGCAACUUCACAUCACCACUGGCACCAAAAAUAAGAGCCUUGUGAUCAUAAAAAGAUAACCUAUGACUAACAACUAAGAUG